GGUUUUUUGGUAACUCAAAACCAGUCAACAUUUAUUCAAAUCAUUCUGAAGUUGUGAAGGUAAGGUGGACAUGGUUUUUGGUUGUUUGAAGUUCCAAUUUGCUCUCUCUGAAAUGUGCUCGUCUGUAUCCUCAUGUGGCUGCCACCAAGAGCAGGGCAUUGCUGGAGCAGCUCUUGGAAGAGUUAAACUGACUAAUAGUUCUGAAUCAAAGAGUUAUCCAGUCUGGUAUGAUGGAAUGCUUUAUGGUCUUACCUAUUCUCUUUAUUUCUCUCAUGUGUUGCCUUUUUUUUUUUCUUUCGGUUUACCCCUCUUGGUAAGUGUUGGAAUAGGCUAUUUCUCAUUCAUUGUGGCACAAUUCUUUCUAUCACAUUCAUCUAUUAUCAUAGAGAUUGUAAAAGAGUUAACAGAGAGUUGUCAUUCUUUGUCCAUGGCUCUCUUUUGUUUUUUAGAACAGGAAAUUUAGAGACAUACUUGAAUUUGAUUGUUUCCUCUUUUUGUCAUGUAAUGUGUGAAACUUAUUUUUGACUUGAAGCCUAUUCUGUGAACUUCUUUUUCUCACAUUCUGCCUUUUUUUUUUUUUUUUUUUUUUUGGGUAUUGUGGCAAUCAUUUGCAAUCCAAUGCAGCCUUUGCAUUUGGGGCAUUUAAGUUGAUAAGCUUGCUGUUUUCUCUUUAUUUAUUUCAUCAUUUGCUUCCUUAGAUUAUUUGGAAUCUUAUCAUACCUAACUCCAUGUUUUUUAUUUUCUUGCAUUCUGUUUCCUUGAUUCUUUAUGUGGGUGGGUUGGGACAUUUAAUUCAUGCAUGAGCCAGAAUACCAUCAGGUUGAGAGGCAAGGGAAAUUGUUAUAAAAGUUUGCAUUUUAA